UGAUGGGUCCUGCUGGAAAGAGCUUUCUGAUGGCACAGCUGUGAGUGAAACCAGUACAACAUGUUCAGUGUCGAGGACCUCCUGAUUUCUCAUGGAUACAAAUUGUCAAAAAAUCCUCCUGUUUCAUAUGAGAACAGAUAUGAUGGAUACCAGCAUGAAAUCGUGGGAAACAGAUCUGCUCAGAGAAUGCUGAACGGGUUUGAGGCAGAACUGAGAGCCGGGGCAUACAGCAAGAAACCUUUCAUGAAAACCAACUCGAGCAGCACUGAAAGCAGCCAAGGGAGUCAAGGGAGGCAAGCAGGUCCUGGUUACCACCAUGACCUUCAGGGGUUUAUGACAGGUCUCAAUUAGCAUGGUCUUCCCAGCCCAAGACUGAUAAAGAUCUUGCCUACUGGAGAAGACGAGGACAGGACUUCAGCGUGCUACUGGGCUAUUCCCAGAAAGGUGGUGUGGAAAUGAAAGGCCUGGCUGCAGCCCCAGGGGCACCCCGGCACACCAAGGAGAGUCAGCUGAAGGUGGGGACGGGCGCAGGGUAUGUCAGAAGAAGCGGCUUGCAGGAGAGCUGCGAAGUGCCUGGUGACUGCAAAUGGCAAAGUCUGGGAAUGGAAAGCUGGAACCAGCCAAAAAAGGUAGGGAGGCAAAUGUCCGAGGGUGACAGGGAGAAGCUGCUUCAAGAUCUGUAUUCACUGACUCUGGGAGACAACAUACUGAGCACCCACAACAAGGGGAAAUCGCAGUCCUUGCCGAGGGUCCUUUCACCAGAGAGCAUGAGGUGCGUUGAAAUGCCCUCCCUGACCAACAGUAACAACUCACUUAGCAUAACUAAAGCCCCCUCCUAUCCCCCAAACAGACUGAGUGUGGAACCAGCCAAGCACCAUGAAACUGGAGGCCAUUUCCUUCCCCUGGUGAGACCCAAAUAUGGGAGACCUCUGAAGCCUCCGUCCUAUGAACUGCAGCGGCAGAUGAGGGCACCUGCAGAAACGACGGGUUUCCAGGACCACUACCAGAAAGAUGAAUCCGUCUCCUACUUAGCCAAAGUUACUGAGCCAAG